UCCAGGUGAGGAAUGUCAGCUGACUGAAGGGUGGAGCUGUGAAAUUUGAGAUGUGAAUUCUUGUUCCACUGACCCCAUGUUAUUGAUUAUUUCAUUUUCGCCCAAACCGAUUAAAUCACAGCCAAUCCUUUACUUGAAAAAAAAAAAAAAAAACAACAACAACAACUUAGGUAAACUGAGUUUAUUUAAUAUGGGAAGCUGGAAGAGUCACAUACGAGUGCAACUUCUGCAGAGAGAUGAUGGAGAGAAACUUCCAUUUGUUGGCAUUUUCACGAGCUUGUCUCAGCUGCAGGAACGUUUUGAUAUCCGCAAACAGAUAUUUGAUGAUAUUCACAGUAAGAGUUUGGAGCCAGAAGUUGGGAAAACCAUCGAUCUUCAACUGCAGCUGAGAGAAACUGAACACCUGGCAGACAAGUUGUCUCAAACUGUCUCUGACCUAACCUCCAGCUUGUAUCUGAAAGAAGCUGAGCUGCAAUACUGGCGUUCACGAGUGUCCCAGUACCGCCACGAGGCUCUGACGCUGGCUAAAACGAAUAAGAACCUGAAGGCAUCCCUUUUAGAAUAUGAGUACACCGCUGAGUGUCAGUCCAAAGAGUUAGCAGCUCUGCGCUUGGAGCAGAGUGGACUCAAACAGGCUUCGGAGCAGGCUCAUAGAGACAGAGAGCAAUUUCUGCAGCGGUGGAUGAAGGAGAAGGAGGAGGCGGCAGACAGGCUGAAUAGGUACAACGACAAACAGGAAAGGUGUCAAGAUCUGAGCAAACGGCUGAAGAAGUGCCUUCGUGGGGAGAGAAGGAAAAAGAUUGCUCCUACCGCGAUGAGCUCUUUGAAUGGAAGCGACACGACGAAGAACGCGCAGACUACAACUGAUUUUCAGCUUCAGCAGGAAUCUGCCAUCCCUUUAGGAUCAUAAACAUCACUGUGCUCAUGUUUCAAGGCUUCAAAAACUGAAGGAAAACUGAAGUGUAAUCAAUGACUUAAUCUGACAGGUUUAUCCUUAUUUUUGAAUUUCACAUGAUCUAUAUACGUAGUUUAAAUUUUUUAUAUUACUUUUGAUUUUCGUUCAUUAGUGAUACUAUCAAAGAGUUGUUCCUGAUUUCAACUGGUUAUGGCUAAUGUUUUUUUAACUAAAUUUAUGAUACUGUAUAAACCAGCCUAUUUUAACAUUUUGCAUUUGCAAGCUGUGUGUUUAAAUGUAACACUGUAAACAUUUAUGUUUGCGAAGCAYAAGUUAAAAUGGAAAAUGUAUAUCAGAAAUAUCAGCCAACGUUUUAAUCUGAUCUAAAAUAAAUCUAUGAAGAAAGUUUGACACUUUACAAACAUUUGUCAGCGUAGAAUUGACAGUAUGAAAUUUCCUCGUUUUCUGUAAAUAACAGGAAAUCUUUACUCUGCACGAGACUGCGAUUUGAUUUGUAGGAAGUGGAUUAAAAAUGUGAUCUUGGAAAUCACACUUCCAAGAAUUAAAAGAGAACACAAUUCACCAAAGACCUCUGGGAUAAAAGAGAAACAAACAAAAACCAAUUACAAGAAACUUUAUCAUCUAAUUUAUUCUGAGGAAUUUAUUCUUAAUUCAGAUUAGGACAAAACAUUUGUGAAAUGGAAGAAAUGCAUUCAUUUAGCAGCGAUAAAUGCUGCAUCAAUAAUUUUCAAACAAUAGUUUGUGAAACUUUUUGAAGUUUUAUUCCCAUUUCAAAUAAAAAUGCGUGUUUUUCAUUUUACUGUAAAAAUUCCACAUGUCCCUGGUGACCAGGUUGUUUGCUGCACGUCUCCAUAGUCACCGGUGUUUGAAUUAGUUGUUGUACAGCCUGUGUGUUGUGUUGUUGGUUAAACUGCUCAGUCACCCCAUCAACAUGGUCAGAAGACAAAAUCCUGAUUCUUCUAUGAACAAUGGAGGCAAAUGGGUACGAUUUUUUUUAUUCACUUAAAAAAAACCUGGUUGUGUUACUAGCUUUAUCUACAAUUUUGUUUCAGUUUGCUCAUCCGAAUUCUUCAGAAAGUGAGAUUAAAACUCGGGAAACUUGUACAACCACCGGAAUUACGCAGAGUCAAGUGAAGAUGUGGCCUCAGAUUUUAAACUCUGAACAAUAUCCUAAAUGGAAAAAGGAACAGAAAUCCAGAGACUAUCCAGCGUCUUGCCAUGACAACAAGCAUGCUUUAAAAGACAGCGUUAUGCUCUUCUCUCGUGGUUUGGGACGGAAGAAGUCUUCCAGUUAUCUCAGACUGCACGAUUCCCAUUUCCGUUUCUGUGAUGCCGACGGCAGCGUCGAGAAGACCACCGGCAACCUCAGUACUUACCAAAAAGACUUCACAUCAGUGGUGACCGCCGAUGGUCCAAACAGAACCAGGCGGUUCCCCCGGAACCACAAGCUGAGGUCAGAAGAGGCAGCAAAGGYUCAGGCAGGGGAGCAGUUCAUGUGGUUCGGACGAGAUAACUCAAACAUCAGAGAGUCUCUGGAAGUGCUGGCCGCUACUUGUCAUUCAGCUCGUGCCAAAUACUGAAAAGUUUCUGCGUUUUAGACACUGAUGAACAGAACAGACUUCAAUGAAACUUGAAUAAAGAUGCUCUUUUUUUUU